CGUUUCUCUUGUGUCCAUCUUCUGGCCAGUCAUUAGUCUGGCUUACGCUGCCCAGAGUCUUUGCCUCUUGAACUUGCUCAAUACACCUCAUUCCUUCGGCCGAUUUCAGAGUCUUCAAACGUCGUAUAGUCGGGACGUUUGAACUGUCGGAGGCACGGAUUUUCUUUCUCGUAUUUCGAUUAUUCGACAAAGGCGUGGUCUCUGGAAUUUCAUGCGCAUGCGAAUGGCAAUGUAUGCUUUGUGAGAUGAUUCCACGACUUUGCGCUACCUCAUGACAUCGGCACGGCUGGCCCUACUCUCGACAUCUCACAACGGUUUCCUACAUCUUACCAACCUGAAGUAAGCGGACUCACCGGGUUCGAUAAGAAGUAAUCGGCGGAGCUGGAAACCGCCAAAGUUGCAGACCAAUAAGUUCAGCGAAAAAAUACUACAGCGUACAGUCUUCUUACUGCAAAAGAGCCUCAAAGCCAACAACCGUCGCGAUGAGCCAUAAUCAUGGAGGAGGAAGUAGUAUGGGAGGAGGCAUGACCAUGGGAACGGCGCUAUUUCAGGAGACAAACGUUCAGCUCGCACAGUCUUUCUGGUACAUCAUCGCAGGCGUCGUCGGGUUCCUUGGUAUCAUUCGCGGUCUCAACUACCUCGAGGGCCUAAGAAGACUCAAACGAUGCCGCACCGAGUCCGUUCGAUUCCCGACGAAACCCUCAAAUAUUAUAACACAAAUAUGGGCGAUAUCAACAGCGCUCGUCCGCGAAGCAGGCCACCCUCAGCUCUACAUCCCGAUCAAGGGCCUGCGCUGGGCGACGCCGCCAUCACUCGGUCGCGUGCUCGUCCUCUUAGCUUACUGGGCCGUCAUUAUCUACAUGAUGGUCAACGACGCCGUCAUCAAGGACGCCUACUUCUGGGAGCGCAUAGGUUUCCGAAACGCAUGGGUCACUGUUAUGCAAAUGCCCCUCCUCUACCUCCUAGCGAUGAAGGUCAACGUAGUGGGCUUCAUCAUCGGCGCCUCGCAUGAACGACUAAGCUGGCUUCAUAGGUGGGUCGCCAGGACUAUGUUCGUCACAGCGACCGUUCACGGGUUCCAUUUCUGGUCGGAAUGGGUGCGGGCAGACUUUGUCGAGACCCAACUGAGGAUCCUACCCGUUAUCAAGUACGGCCUCGGGGCUUGGGGACCCCUUCGCAGCAUGGCGUACGAGCUUUUUCUCCUGCAGCACAUCCUCUCGGCGGUCCUCUUCAUCUGGCUGGUAUACGUCCACAUUCCUGCCUACGCGAAGCAGUACCUCUGGUUCUCCGUUGCCAUCAUCUGCUUCGACCGCCUCGCGCGCUGGGUGUUCCUCGCGUGGCAGAAUACGAGGCUCCGACCUAAUGGAUCGACGUGUAAGGGGAUGAAGCGGGUGGGACACGAGGUGCAGAUCCGGGCGGCGGGUUCGUCGACGACGGUGUUGACGAUCAAGGACGUUCACUUCUCGUGGAAGGCGGGGCAGCACUUGUAUCUAUGGCUGCCGCGUAUUGGACCCCUUGAGGCACACCCUUACACCAUUGCGUGCGCACACCAGCUUCCGGAGACGUGUACCUGCAAUAGUAUCCAGCUCGUCGUCCGGAAACACGGCGGGUUCUCCAAGAGACUUCAUAAUUAUGCCGAGAAGGUUCAGGCAUCAGGCAAGAAGGAGACACUUACGGGCUUCGUGUUAGGGCCAUUUGGGGCGCCGCCAAGAUGGGAUAUCUACGAUACCAUGGUUCUCAUCUCAGCGUCUACGGGAACGUCCUUCACGCUGCCUAUCUUGGAGAGCAUCGUCCAGAGCCGCAGGAAGACAUGCACUACGAGGAUCGAGUUCAUCCUCAUGGCAUGCCAGGGUGAGGAGAUAGAAUUUUACACACAACGGCUGCGGGAGUCGAUGGAACGGGCGCAGCAGAACGGCAUCGAGCUGCAGGUGCACAUCGCCAUAACGCGGUCCGGCAAAGCCAAGGAAGGCGAGGCGACGACGGUUCUCUACUCAGACCGCGAAGGAAGCUCUAGCUCGAGUUCGUCUGCAAAACACAGAAGGAUCGCCUCUGACGACUCCGUGGACGGCAGUGGCGGUGGUGGGUGUUGUCAGGAGAAAGGGCUAGACUUGGAAAAGGGCGAUGAGGUGCCGCUUACACCCAGGAUCCGGAGCGGAUCCGUGAUGAGCAUGGUGAAGGAGUACUAUUCUCGUCCUGAUCUGGAAGCUUUGAUUCGAGAACCUGUCGAGGCUGCGGGCGGCGAGACGUCGAUCGUUGUCUGUGGUGGGCAAUCGUUGACGAGUUCCGUGAGGAAUUGCGUGGCCUCAUUAUCGGAUGAGAGGGCGGGGACGGGGGCGCAGGGGAUUCAUCUUUUUGUUGAGGAGUACUCGUUUUAGAUUAUAUCCACGUAAUUACCACCUCAUGCAAACCGUUGGAAUUCGACGCAUAUUCAUGCCGCACGCCAACAUGUGUAGAUAUCAUGUUUACAAAAAAAGAAACCAGUUGGAUUGGUAUACAAGGUUCAAGGACGUAGAUGUGAUUGGUGAAGAUUACAAGUCGAGAAGGAUUGUUUCAAAUGGGCGGUGAGCUUCAUGUAGGAUUUGGCUGCUCAACAACUAGGCACUAUUCAUGCCGGCUAUCAAGUUGAUUGUGGAAUGAGAAGAACGUGAAGAACGUGAAGACGUGUAGAGUAUAUAUACCCCUUAAAACUACUCAUGCUCUCUGUUGUGUUGUGAGAGAAUCAUAGGCCGAU